AUGGCCGCCCCAGCCCCAAUACACACCCUCCCCAUGGCGGCAUUCAACCUGAACCGCCUCUAUUCCCUAGAGAGCAGCGCACGCUCAUCGACACCCUCCUCCCUCACAGAACACAGCGGCUUCUUCUCAUCGUGCGCCAGCCCUGACCUCGGCACACCGGCGACGUGCGACUCGGAGCACGGCAACGACUUUGUGCCCCCAAGCAACAAGUCCUCCUGCUCCGGCUUUGCGGGGGAGGAGGGUGACUUCCUUCCCCUCCAGAUAUGCCACAAAGCCGCCCGGGCGUCCGUCCCGAUACCCGUCGGUGCCUUUGGCGAAGCCAGCAUACUCCGGGACCAGUAUCUAGAGACGAUGGUGGAAGUGGAAACACUAGAAUCCUCCUCGGACCAGAUCACACCCAUCGAACUCGUCGCCCAGUUCCUCGAGUUCUGCCUUGGCGUCGGCAGGCCUGCGCAGCCCGUCGCCCGCUCCGUCCUAGACUACUUCGAGUUCGAGUAUCUCAGCUCCCGAAACGUACACACCCUCGUCUGCGGCCUCCAGAUCAACGAUGCCGCCAAAUUGGCCCUGCUGCGCGCGUUCUACGCCGCCAGGGAGGCCAUCCCGCGCCUGCUUCAGCGGCCCACGACGUCUGCGCUGCUCAUGGCGGCUGACGAGGGGUCUGUCUGCUUGUAUGCGGUCUUUGGCGGGCAGGGCAUCACCAAGACCUACUUUGAGGAGCUCCGACAGCUCAAUAACACGUACGAUGGCUUCUUGUACCAGCUCAUCACCUCAUCGGCGAAGCACCUCGAUAACCUGUCAAGAUCACCGACGGGAGAUGAUGAGACGCUCCCGCAUCGCCCGAGCAUCAGCGUCCUGGAGUGGCUUCGCCGCCCGAAUACCGCUCCGGCGGACAUGACGACGCCAAGUAUCAGUUUCCCGCUCAUCGGACUCGUCCAGCUUUCGCGCUUCGCCGUCGUUUGUCACGCCCUCGGCUUGACUCCAGGGCAAUAUCUUGCAAGCUUCCGGGGUCUUUCUGGUCACUCUCAGGGCGUCAUCACUGCUGCAGCUAUCGCAUCCUCAGACUCGUGGGAAUCGUUCUACAGCAACGCCCUGGUUGCGCUAAAGAUCCUCUAUUCCAUUGGCCUGAGGGCUCACGAGGCCUCGUCAUCGGAGACAGUCGAUCCCAACACUGUGUCCGACUCCCUAGCCAACGACGAGGGACAGCCGUCCUCCAUGCUCAGCAUCCGCGGUCUAGGCCAAACCCAGUUGCAGAAGAGCGUCGAUGAGCUCAACUCCCAUCUCCCAAAACAUGCUCGGGUUCAGAUGGCCCUCGCAAACGGCCGGGACAACUUUGUCUAUGCAGGACCCCCUUCGUCUCUACAUGCUCUGGGUAGGAAGCUGAGGCCCCUCAAGACCGUCUCGGGAGUGAGCGAGACGCGAACACCAUUCUCCAAGCGGAAAAGACCCUUUUCUAGUCAAUUUCUCUCCAUCGGCGCGCCGUUCCACAGUAGCCAUCUCGACGCCGCUGUGGAAAAGAUCUGCUGCGAUCUUGACGGGGUCGUAAUGCACUCGGACAAGCUUUUGAUACCAGUCUAUGACACCUUCAAAGGUCUCGACCUCAGACAGAGAAAUCAGGGAAACCAGAAUCUCGUCCCCGCCUUGGUACGCAUGGUCUGCUCCCAACGCGUUGACUGGGAAAAGAGCACCUCGUUCCCAGGCUGCACUCACGUCAUCGACUUUGGCCCCGGUGGCAACAGCGGCAUCGGCAGCUUAACUGCCAACAAUAAGCAAGGCCGCGGGGUACGGAUCAUCAUGGCCGGCUCGCUCAAGUCCACCGACCCUGAGAUCGGCGGCAUGAUUGAAAUAUUCAACUCCAGCGGUCCCAUCACUUACAACCCCGACUGGGCCGCUUCCUACCAGGCGAAGCUGGUCAGAACCUCGGCGCAAGAGACGUUCGUCAACACCCGUCUCAGCCGACUUCUCAGUCUCCCGCCCAUCAUCAUCGGCGGCAUGACGCCAACGACCAAGCACGUCGACUUCGUCUCCGCCGCCAUGAGAGCCGGGUUCCACGUAGAGCUCGCGGGCGGAGGCUACCACGACGAAGCCACCAUGGACGCGGCGCUGCGCAAGCUGGCGGACGAAUGUCCUCCCGGGCGCGGCAUCACCGUCAACCUGCUCUAUCUGAAUCCGCGGGCCCUCGCCUGGCAGAUCCGUCUCGUCCGGCGCCUGCGAUCCGAGGGCAUCAACAUCGACGGGCUCACCAUCGGCGCCGGCGUACCUGGGCCGGAGAUUGUGGCGGAGUACAUUGGCCUCGGCAUCCGGCAUAUUUCCUUCAAGCCGGGCUCCGAGGAGGCCAUCAAUGCCGUGCUCGACAUCGCGAGGGCGCACCCUGGGUUCCCUGUCAUCCUGCAGUGGACUGGGGGCCGUGGUGGUGGGCACCACUCGUGCGAGGACUUUCAUGACCCCAUCCUGCGGGCGUACAGCAGGAUUCGCGCGUUGCCAAACAUCAUUCUCGUGGCCGGAAGCGGCUUCGGCGAUCCGAGCGGCAGCGAUACGCUACCGUAUCUGGACGGAUCGUGGAGCGAAGCCUUUGGGCAUGCUCCUAUGCCCUUUGACGGUAUUCUCUACGGUAGCAGCAUGAUGGUCGCCCUGGAAGCCCACACAUCUCUCGAGGCCAAAACAGCCAUUGCAGCGGCGCGUGGUGUCCAAGACCAUCAGUGGGAGGGCACAAUGAGCUCGCGCAGCGGCGCCGGCUCGAUUCUGAGUGUCACUUCCGAGAUGGGCCAACCUAUCCAUGUUAUAGCUACCCGCGGAGCUCAACUCUGGGCCGAACUCGAUCGUGAUAUCUUCAGCAAACCUCGCGAUCAGCGGGUACCGGCUUUGAUGAACAAGAAGAAGUACAUCGUCGACAGAUUGAAUCGCGACUUCCAAAAGGUAUGGUUCGGGAUAAACCAAGACGGACCUACCGAUCUUGGCAACAUGACAUACCUGGAAGUCACAUCACGUCUGAUCCAGCUCGUCUACUGCCCAUACAAGGAGGGAGGUCAUAACUGGGUGGACCCUUCUUAUCUGGCUCUUGUAUCUGAUUUUUGCCGUCGCCUCGUCUCCCGCUUCCUGGGCUCACGAAACCAGCGGGCAGCGAGUCUGAACGACUACCAGACACUACAAAAUCGGCCUCUUGAAUACCUCUCGAAGCUCUCAGAUCUCUGCCCCGAAGCCGGUCGGCGCCUGCUCUCUGUUGAGGAUAUAGAGUAUUUUCUCAGUCUUUGCCUCCAGCCAGGGCAGAAACCGGUACCGUUCAUCCCGGUUCUGGAUGACAAUUUUGAGACUUAUUUCAAGAAAGAUUCGCUCUGGCAAUCCGAAAAUCUCGAGGCGCUCAUUGACGGGGACGUUGGACGCACCUUUAUCCUCCACGGACCAGUGGCCGCCGCUUUUUCGACCCCAGACAGCAUUAAUCGACCCAUCCGUGAGAUGCUCCACGAUAUCAACGCCGGCAUGAUUGACGGGACCUUCAAAGUCGCAUAUGAAGGCAAUACCGCUCAAGUGCCUGCCAUUGAGUCAUUCGGCGGCGCCAUUGAGCUCCCCCCAGCGCAGAUUCCCCCUGGCGUUGUGUCAACCAGAGAUCCCAAGGGCAUCACGUACAACAUCCUGCCGUACCCAGACAUCGAGCCACCUCCAAUCGAAGUUUGGUGCCAGUUUCUGGCGGGCACGGAGCGAUCCUGGCGCUACGCUCUCUUGACUACAGAAUCAGUGGUCUCGGGCAACCACCGCAUCGUCCCGAACGCCAUCAGACGUCUCUUGAAGCCAGUAUCGGGCUUCACGUUCAAGGUGUCGUCGCCAAACUCGCCAGAACGCACCAAAAUCUCGGUUUUUGACAGACAAAAUGAUCUUGUCGCCGAAGUCGGUCUCGAAUCUCCGGUAUCCAAGAUUAUCGUGGUCCGGAUUUUCAAUAGACAGACGAUCACCGGACGUCCCGCGUGUCUGAACUCGAGAUUCGAAUACCACCCCGAAGCAGGGUACGCUCCCAUCCGAGAGUGUCAGGAUGGGAAAGACGACGCCAUUAGGACGUUUUACUGGCGGACUUGGAUCGGCCACGCGACCAUGCCGGCAGCAAACGCAACGGCGAGCCUCGAAGAGACUGCGGGCACCUCGUUCACGGGCGACCGCGUCACAGUCACCCGUGAGAUGAUCCAACGGUUUUCGGCCAUCUCGGGAGGUCUGGUUGCGUCAGCAGACCAGAGCGGUAGCCUAGCUGUGCCUUUGGAUCUCGCAAUCAUACUCGGUUGGAAGGCCCUUGUUAAACCACUCUGCUCAGGUGCCAUUGAAGGCGACCUUUCGAGACUGGUGCACCUUUCGAAUAGGUUCAAGUCCCUGGGCCCUAUUCUACGAGAAGGAGAUGGCGUCGCGAGCCAUUCUUCCAUCGUCUCCGUUCUCAACCAAGCCAACGGAAAGGUCGUCGAGAUCAAAUGCAUCAUCACCCGUGAGGAGCAACCGGUGAUAGAGGUCACGUCCCGGUUCUUCAUUCGUGGCAAGUUCCGAGAUCAUCAAAGGACUUUCGAGACCUCUGUCCUGCCAACCACUCAGGUUCACAUCAAGAAUGCUUCAGAUGCCGCCGUCCUCUCGUCGAGGAGCUUCAUCACGCUCGACCAGAGCGUCAAUCUCGCGCUUUUUAUCGGCCUAAAAGUGAACUUCCAUCUGGAGACGUUCAUUCGUUUUCAAGAUGAAAACACCAUCAGCUCAAUCCAGACGCACGGAACCAUACACGCCGUCACCCAGGAUGGCGAAAAGGCAAUCGGCGCCGUCACUUCGUCAUCAACCGACGCGCAGAAUUCCCCCGUCCAAAGCUAUCUCCAGCGAAAAGGGAGGGUCCUUGGAGACGCGAUGCCCCUGGAGAACCCAAUCCCGCUCAACAGCGAGCCAAUCAUCCUCCCCGUAAGCCGCGUCGCGGAAACGUACGCCCGCGUCUCUGGCGACUUCAACCCGAUCCACGCCUCCGAGAGCUUCGCGGCGUACUGCGACCUCCCCGGUACCAUCGUCCAGGGCAUGUGGACGAGCGCGGCCGUCCACGCGGCCUUGAAUCGUUGGUACGGGGGCAAAGGGAGGACGCACGCAUACCAGGCUUCCUUUGUCGGCACGGUGUUGCCGGGGGACAGCAUCGCCGUGAAGCUCCGGCACGUCGCCAUGUUGUCGGGCCGCAAGGUGAUUGAGAUCGAGGCCACCGUCGCCGGGACCGGCGAUGUCGUUCUGACGGCCGAGGCAGAGGUGGAGGAGCCGCGCGCCGCGUACGUGUUUACGGGGCAGGGCUCGCAGGAGGUGGGCAUGGGGAUGGAUCUCUUCGAGUCCAGCCCUGCCGCGAGAGAGGUCUGGGAGAAGGCUGACAAGUAUUUCGCGUCCAACUUUGGUUUCGCUCUGAGCGCCAUCGUCCGCGAGAAUCCCAAAGAGCUCACCGUUUAUUUCCGUGGCCGCCAAGGCCGCGCCAUCCGCCAAAAUUACAUGGACAUGGCCCUCAACAGCCCAGACGGGACCUCGCGCAAAGUCUUUGCCGAAAUCGGCAAGACGACCACAUCCUACACCUUUCGUCACCCCGACGGCCUGCUCUUCGCGACGGAAUUCGCGCAGCCCGCCCUGACGGUGUUUUCCAAGGCGCGGUUCGCGGACCUCGCCUCCCGCGAACUAGUCCCCGCGGACGGCAGUGCCCUCUUUGCCGGCCACUCUCUGGGCGAGUACGCCGCGCUCUCCACCAUGGGCGAGGCCAUGACCGUCGAGGAGCUCGCGGCGAUCACGUGGUUCCGCGGGCUCAAUAUGCGGCUUGUGGUGCAGCAUGACGAGGAGGGAAGAUCGCCAUAUGCCAUGGUGGCCGUGAACCCGUCCAAAGUGCGGUCUGGAGGGGGCUUCACCGAGGAUGACUUGCACGCUGUCGUGCAGUGUGUCACCUCUCGCACGGGUGAACUCCUCGAAGUCGUCAACUACAACAUUGCCAACUUGCAGUACGUCUGCGCGGGAACGAAACGCGCGCUGGCGCUGUUCGUGGAUGUCCUAGAGGCCGCGGCGUCGCGGGACGUGGAGGCCGCGGUCGAGGAGUGCGCCGCGAAGCUCAUCGCGCUUCAAGGCCUGGACAGUGGCGCCUUGGAGCUCCGGCGGACGCCGUUUGCGGUCCCUCUCAAGGGGGUUGACGUGCCGUUUCAUUCAUCGUUUUUGCGCCCGGGGAUUGACGCGUAUCGCGCGUUCUUGACUGCCACUUUAAGUAAGCGAUCUGUGAAGCCGGAGAAGCUCAUUGGGCACUGGGUUCCAAACGUGACGGGACGGGUAUUUGGGGUUUCGAGAGAGGAUGUUGAGCAGGUCCACCAGCUGACCGGGUCAGGAGUAUUGUCAACGUUGUUGAAAAAGUGGCACUUGGAAGCAGACGCGUAG